UCAAGACUCAAGCUGCGUAAACAUUGAAAGGGUUUCCAAGGCUUAUCGAGGUGCAGCUCAUUCCUUAACCUUGCUCUGUAAGCUGCUGACGUGUCGCCAAUCGCCAUGUUUAAGUGUCUCCUGCUGCUGUUUGGAGUGUGUAGUGGGUAUAAGGUGCUAGUGGUGUUCCCUGUACCUGGCAAGAGUCAUGCUAUUUUGGGAGAAGCGUACGUCAGGCAUUUGCUCGAAGCGGGCCAUGAGGUAACUUACAUUACGCCUCUUCCAAUCAAAGGAAACUUGCAGAAUCUUCGUCAGGUCGACGUGUUUAAAAGCACCAAGCUGCUACAUAUGGCAGAUGUAUUUGAUCUACAGAAGCUGAUGUAUCACACCCUGGAUCUUCAAGGUCCGGAGAUGAUUUUCGAUAUGAUGUACGAAGUAGCGAGUUUGACUCUACGCAGCGAACCGGUGCAGAACCUCAUCAAUGAUCCCAAUGAAGAAUUCGACGCAGUCAUUGUAGAGUGGCUGUACAAUGAGAUGGGAGCUGGCUUCUCCUCAGUAUUUGGUUGUCCGUUGAUCUGGUCAUCCUCCAUGGUCCCACACACGUCGAUCUUGUCCCUCAUCGAUGAGCACAUCAAUCCAGCGUACAACAGAUUCCACCUGUCCAGGCAACACUCGCUGUCUCUGGCAGAUCGGGCCUACAACUUGUGGAUACACUUACGGCUGCAUUAUCAUAAAUGGAAACUUGAAGCAAAAGAAGAUGACCUUUUCAAAGAAGUGUUUGGGCCAGCUAUUAAGAAAAGAGGAAGGGAACUACCUGAUUUCAACGACGUUAGAUACAACGGUUCCAUGGUUUUGGGAAAUUCAGAUGUUUCGAUAGGAGACAACAUAGCGCUGCCUCAAAAUUACAAAAACAUCGGCGGUUAUCAUCUAAAAAAUGAAGUAAAGCCACUGACACAGGAGAUGAGGAAAAUCAUGGACGACGCAAAACAUGGUGUUAUAUACUUCAGCCUGGGUUCCAUGCUGCAAAGCAGUCGCAUGCCGGAGCGACUGAAGAGGGAGACGAUACAGAUGUUUGGUCAACUGAACCAGACUGUUAUUUGGAAGAUAGACGAAAAUAUACCAAACUUGCCUAAAAACGUGCAUUUGAUCAGCUGGGCACCGCAGCAAAGUAUUUUAGCUCAUCCAAACUGCGUUCUCUUCAUCACUCACGGUGGUCUCCUAUCCAUCAUCGAAGCCAUCAACUACGGUAUACCGCUCAUCAGCAUGCCAUUCUUUGCUGACCAAUACAUUAACUCAGACAGACUCGUAGAGAAAGGAUUUGGGAAACGACUAGACUUGACGGACGGACGGACGGAUGAUUCUCCAAAGCGAUUGAAAGGCUUGAUUGAUGAAAUGCUUAUUCACAAUACCAGCUACAGUACGAAAGCUAUGGAAGUGUCAGCGAUAUUCCACACCAGGUUGACACCUCCAGGGAAGGAACUGGUCUUCUGGGUGGAAUAUGUCAUCCAAACUGGAGGAGCAAGGCACCUUCGAUCGACCGCCUUAAGCAUAGAAGCAUACAAGAAGCUACACCUAGAUAUUAUUUUGAUUGUUGCUUUAGUAGUGAUCUCAGUUUUGUAUGUACUGGUUGAGUUGAUAAGGGAAUUCCAAAUAAAGGUUAAGAUAGAGUAGAUAUUGUAAA